AGGACUGCAGCUAUACAUAUAAUUCCAUUCAUUGUCGUAUAUCAAUGUAGAGUUGCUACAAAGUUUUUUUCUUCAAUACAUCAAAUACAUUAAAGAUGUAUGUAUUAAUGCUGUCGUUUAUUGUGUACUUACAGUGUGUUUCACUGGCGAAUGGAAAAACUAUAUCGGGAGUUUUCAAAAGCGAUGCUGCAAGGGAAAACAAUGGACAAUAUAUAACAAGAUUUUUGUUUCAUGGACAGAAUGCCUUGAUUGUUUACAAGCUGGAUGAUGUGCCCACGGCAAAGCAAAAAGAGGCCAAACUGCUGCUGUUCCAAGCACCAAAGGGAUCGGACAACCUGAGCUGUCUGGAGAAUCUUUCUGGGGCUCAGCUCUCCAUUACCCUGAGUGCGGAGGAGCACAACCAGACCAUCCCCAGUCAGCCCUCUCCUCAGGUGUGGCACGUGAUGUACGCCGACCGCUACACCUGCCAGGAGGGCAGCAUCGACGAGGCCGAGAAAGACGUCCGUGUCGAGAUCUCCUUGUUCAACCCUGAUGCCGCUGGCAACCCGCUAGACCACUUCAGUGCCGAGGAGGCAGGCCUGCACAGUUUCUACUUCCUGCUGAUCCUGGCGCACUUUGUGGCGGCCUGCAUCUACAUCCAGCCCCUGUGGCAGGCGCUGCACAAGGGCGGGCCCAUGCACACGGUGCUGAAGGUGCUGUCCACCGCCCUCCUGCUGCAGUUCGCCUCCACGUUCUUCAACUACGUCCACCUGGCCAGAUACUCCAGGGAUGGCAUCGGAGCUCCCUUGAUGGGCAGCUUGGCAGAAUUCUGUGACAUGGUGUCCCAGAUCCAGAUGCUCUACAUGCUGAUGAGCCUGUGCAUGGGCUGGACCCUCAGCCGUAGCCGCAAGACCCAGCCCAAGCCCCUGCAGUGGGACACCUCUCCCGUCUCCACCGCCCUCGCCAUUGGAGCUGUGGCCGCCCAGGGGGCGCUGUUGGUCUGGGAGCAGUUGGAGGACACUGAACACCACAGUUACCACGCGCACCACAGCACAGCGAGCUUGCUGCUCAUCGCCCUGCGCAUCGCCUACGCCCUGGUCCUCGGCUCCAUCCUCUACCAGAUCAUCAGGGCCGAGAGGAGCACCCUCAAACGAGACUUCUUCCUCAACUUUGCUAAGGGCUGUUUUCUGUGGUUUCUAUGCCAUCCUGUCCUCGUGCUCCUCUCUAUGGUUUUCAGCGUGCAUCAGAGAGAGAAGGUCAUCACUAUCGGAGCCAUCCUUUGCCAGUCCAUAUCUGUGGUCAUUCUCUAUAGACUCUUCCUGUCCCGGAGUUUGUACUGGGAGGUCUCAUCCCUGUCCUCCGUCACACUGCCACUGACAAUGUCCAGAGGGCCCAGGAACCGUUAUUAAUGCACAGCCACCUAGCAGAGGGGGAGUGGAUUAACUUUGGCACUGCCCUUGGACAAAGUGACUAGGAUGUUGCCUAAUGGUGGGGGUGACUUCCUGGCUUCCAGGUGAGAAAGUUGCUUCCCUUGCUUAGAGGCAAAAUGCGGAUGUGAAAUUGUACUGCUCAUAGUGCUGAAAUGAAUUGGGUCUGGUGGGACUUAAAGGAGUCUUGACCAAAGCAUUGCAUUCUCAGGGCUGGUACUAUAGGGUCAUGAGGACUGCUAUAUAAACAACAGAAAAAGCACAUGAUGAUGUGUAUGACAUUCAACAUACGAAGAGGAAAAUAUUAGCUAAUCUUGUUUAGCAAGUGUGCCAAGAUGUGUUUUUAUUUUUCUAAAUUGUCAUACUGGUCAUGGCAAAAACAUAUGAAAACAAACUCAGCACUGCUGAAGACUUAUGACCACUGUGGUAAUAUAUAUUCAGACCAGAAGUUCCCAGACUGUGAGCUAGAUAUUCACAACAAUCAAUCUAAACACAGCACUGGCAAGUGUAUGUUGUUCUUUGCCAGAUAUUCAGAAAAAUAUAAAUUCUGUAUCUGAAUAUACUGUGUAUUAGGUUAAAGUGUAAUACAUGUUGAGUCACAGAAAAGGUGUACAAACAUCGGCUCAGUGGCUUGAAUAGUUGAGAUUCUCUUAUGUAGACUUUUCACUCCCUAUGUUUUUCAAGCAUGCAGGGCAUGCUGGAAUGACAUAACUGUAAAGCUGUUUCCAAUGACUAGAUCGGGAAAGUAACGCUGUGAUAUUGCACUCAAACCUUUUUGGCCAAAUAUUUAUGUAAAGUUAGCUUGGUUAAGUUUUGAAAUAUUACAUUUUGGAGCAAAGAAAUAUAGUUCAUUGUUAUUCCUGAAAUAUUUUGUAUCCAUACACAUUUCUCAGCCAUUGGUGGAAGGUCUCUGAAAUCUUCCCCAAAAAAAGGCUUUUUUCUCUGUGUCAGCUUGAUUAAUUGUCAUGAAUUAAUUUCAUAUUCGUGGGGGGGUUCCAAUAGUCGCCAAUAGUCCAGUUAAAAGGUUCUAUUGGCAGAAGUGGCAGUGCAGUGCACCCCAUUAUGUGCAUUAUUAUUGUGUAUACGGUAUGGGUUUUCCAGCUUAUUGGUAGUGACAUUACAGUGUUUGAGUAGCUGGCCACCCAUUUAUUCCAUGAACUGUGAAGACUGUGGGACUGUGCAUUAUUAACACCACUAUGGAAUGUGGCUUCACGGAUAAAUAAAAUAAAGUUGAAAAUUAAGUAUAAUGCUCCUGUUUUGCAGCAUUUUUAUGUGGACCAUAUUGAUACUGUAUCUCUGCUGCUUUAAAUAAACAAAUACAUAAAAUACAUAAACAACGUAAUGCAUUAAAAUUUAUUUUUCACCUAACAUGAGUUAUAUUACUUCUUUAAAUGCUGGGUCAAACAAAAUGUAAAUUGGUAAUACAUUUCUUUAAUUGUAUGAUGAGGCAAAAUUGCUUUAUUUUUGCAUUAUUUGUUUGUUUUGUUUUAUAAAAUACGGAUUAAAUUCAACAUUACUUGAACACUAAUUCUAAGUCACUUUGUGUUAUAUAUGUACAUGGUGUUAUGUUGCAUUGUUCGUUAUUACAUUUUGAGAAGUGCCUGUAAGAAUCUACAUGAUAUACAGACAAUCAUUUUGACUUUGAAUAGUGCUGUUGCCAUAUUUUUACAACCAAAUACAAGCAUUUAUGCUGUUUAAGGUAUUGUAUUUUAUUUAAUAAUUGAAUUAAUAAAAGUUUUGUCAAAGUAAUGCAUGUUUUGUAUAGGUUUAAUUCAUUGUUUUUGUUGUAAGUUAUAUUCUAGAUAAACUAGAUCUUUUCUGUUAGUUUGCUUCAUACAUCAAGUAUUAAAUGCAUUGCAUAAAAUUCUGUGUCUCUUCACUUGCCUCUGUUUUAGACACUGGUUAAAAAUUGGUGGUUGAAUUGUACAGGAAAUGCAGUGCAUAGUAUGCAAUCUAGAGGGCAGUGUUGUUUAUCAUGUUGCUCCAAUUGCACCACAUCAGUUUACAGCCAUUAGCUCUGGUGCUGGUGCAUGACUGACAAGCCCACCUAGGGUGCCUAUAAGAUGUUUUCUAAAAUCAAGCAUAAAAUAGCAAAGACUCGGGCCAAUGAUUUGUACUCAAAGCGUAACCAUGUAAAUUAUGUUUAAAUGAACAAAGUAAACACUGCUUCUGUGUCAAAUUCUGCAAGAUGUCAGAAAUGUUCAAAUUAAAACAAAUGUCAAAUCAAUAGAUGGCAGAAUGAAAAUAAUACAUUGUGCAGAUCUACUAUUCCAAGCUGUUAAAAAUAUUUAUCAGAAAACAAAAUUAAAGCUUUUAUU